CGCCUUUCCUCAGGUCACUGACUCGGACCGGCUCGCGAGAGAGAGAGAAAGAAAGAGAAGCGAAUCGCGUUUCACCGAAUACUUUUUGACCCUUUCAGGCACCUGUAGGGGAAGUUGCUGAUUGCUGAAACAGCUGGGAAGGAGAGAGAAAAAAAAAAACAAAGAGGGAAAGGCCUCGCUCCACUCGAGGAGGCGGGGCCUUUUGGUCGCUGAUGCUGUGACGUCACAGCGGGCCGCAGCCAAUCCCGAGCGACUUCGCGCCAAAUUCGAACGCCGGGGAAAAGAAAGAGGCGCGCGCGCUCGGCAGCAGAACUUGAACUCUUUUGGCCCCUCAGUCUCGCCGUUUCUCCCAAAAGAGUUCCUCUUCCAUGGCGACUCCACCUAAACGAAGCCGGGCGGAGAAGAGCAUCAAGAAGAUCGCCAUUGAAGGCAAUAUAGCUGCAGGGAAGUCAACCUUUGUGAAUCUUCUCAAACAAGCCAGAGAAGAGUGGGAUGUUGUUCCAGAGCCGGUAGCAAGAUGGUGCAAUGUUCAGAACUGCCAGGAUGAAUGUGAGGAGGAGCUCUCAGCCUCUCAGAAGUGUGGUGGCAACUUACUCCAAAUGAUGUAUGAGAAGCCAGAGAGAUGGUCUUUCACUUUCCAGUCCUACGCCUGUCUAAGCAGAAUCCGGGCUCAGCUCAAAUCUCUUGAGGGGAAGAUCAAAGAAUCUGAGAACCCCGUAGUCUUUUUUGAGAGAUCUGUUUACAGUGACAGAUACAUUUUUGCAUCUAAUCUAUAUGAGUCUGACUGUAUGAAUGAAACGGAGUGGACUAUUUACCAAGACUGGCACAACUGGAUGAACCAACAGUUUGGAUCACGUCUUGAAUUGGAUGGCAUUAUUUAUCUCCGAGCGACUCCUGAGAAAUGCUUGAAUAGGAUUUAUGUGCGUGGAAGGGAUGAAGAACAAGGCAUUCCCAUAGAAUACCUGGAAAAGCUUCAUUACAAACACGAGAGCUGGCUCCAACAUAGGACUUUACGAAUGGAUUUUGAAUACUUGCAAGACUUACCAAUUCUAACACUGGAUGUGAAUGAAGAUUUCAAAGGCAACAAAGAUAGGCAUGAAAACAUGAUCGAAAAGGUCAAAGAAUUCUUGAGCACUUUGUAGCCUUUCCAGAAAACACACUGCAUCCUGACGUCACAUGAUUUCUUUGUUGCUGCCACUAUUUCUGCUUUUGCUUAAAGUUCUCAGAGGACAAUAUUCUGCUUUUGAAGUAUUGCGUGGAGUUAGCUUGUUUCAGUUUCUUACAUGAAGUGUUUCCUGCAGAAAUUAAGAUCAUGCGUACAUGCCUUUGGAUGUGUAAUGUAACUGAAAUAGUUCAGUAAAAUUACACGUGGUGUCUCUGGACUAGAAGUAAUGAAAGUUGGGUGGGAUUUCAAGUCCUUUUCAUGAACAACCUAGAACUGGAAUACUUUUACGUUCUGCAAUUCUGGAGGUUCACCCCAUAGGGAGGCAUUUCCCACUCAUGUGCCAUGUGAUUGAGAACGUAGAAUCAGCAUUUUGUCCAAUCUGUUUAUGUAAGAAUGAUGCAUUUCAAAAAGAGCUAUAUAAAUUAGCAACAGCAAACAAGCCAUCAUGAAUGGAGAAAUGUUCGUUACCAAAAAAAUCAAAGUGGAUCUUUAAUGUCAGUCCUUUUUAGUAUUUUGUUUUUGUUUCUGCAGACCAAAAUAUCAAAACAAUUGUAAGUGUUUGCCCUUUUCAGGUAACUAGAUUCUAUUUCUUCGGUUCUUAAACUGGCCUAUUAUACCAAUUUCUCACUGAGCUGAAAAAUGAGCAUAUAGUCUUAAAGCAAAAGGCCAGCAGUAUGGCAAAUAGGAUUCCUCACCCUGCUCCCAAAUCUUUGAAAUGAAAUAUUUAUUAUAUCAGCAUUUUAUGAUGUGUGUAUUUAAUAGAAGCACCAGAAAUGUCUCUAAAUUUUGUGAAAUCUUUGGUUGGCCGUUCUUGUUUAAAAUCUGGCGAUAUCUAUUCUGGUGCCCGAUUGUUGCUACCCUUCACAUUUACGGAUUUUUGUGUAUUCCUGCAAUUUCUCCUCAAGAUAAAGGAGGCUUUAUUUAAUACACCUGUCCCUUUCCUGUUGAGGCUCCAUUAAAGGAAGGGACAAUGGCACCUGUAUUUUUACUCACUGAAUAAAUGCAGUCUUUGAAAAAUCGCUUACCAUUGCAAGUAGUAAAAAAGGGGUCCAUAGCAGUAAUAUAUUUUAAAUUAUUUGACAACUAUUUUUUUGUAUUGCAAAAUAUAAAUUGUGAAACAUUCCUUGGAUACUGUAUUUUAAUAUGUUUUGUUUUUCUAGACAUCGUUGGUCUUUUUGAAUACUUUUUGCAUACCAUGAUUCUUCUAUGUUAGCGCUGAGCAUUUUAUGCAAUCAUGUUGGAAACCUUUGUUAAACUGAAAUAAAUAUGGAAGUAUC